AUGGCUGUACCUUUCUUGUCAAAAUUGUUAAAAGAAUUCACUCUUAAACGUCUUAUAUUUUGGUUUUUUUGGGUUGGGUCCCAUAUUUUUUUAUUCAUUUUUGGUUUUCUAAAGCAAAAGUAUGACAGAUCUUUGGAUAACCUUAAUGUAAACGGUUUAUCUGUAUGGAUUUCUCAUGGUGCUGCUCUAUGCCUCGCUUACGAUGGCGCUCUAAUCCUCUUACCUGUUCUCAGAAAUAUUAUAAAAUAUUUACGUGCUAUAAGUUUUUUAAAUAAACUUAUUCCGUUUGAUGAAAGUCUUUGGUUUCACCUUCAAACCGCUUAUGCUAUGCUCUUUUGGACUUUAGUACAUACUUUUGCUCAUUUUAUUAACUUUUGGAAGUUGGAACAGCUUGGCAAGUUUCAGACUUGGCAACUUAAUUAUACUACUUGGGCUGGACUUACUGGCCAUUUUAUGUUACUUAUAAUGGUUUUAAUGUACACCUCUUCUCAUUAUGAGAUACGUCAUCAAUCUUUUGAAACUUUUUGGUACACCCAUCAUCUUGCUUUCUUCUUUAUGUUUUGUUUAUAUUUUCAUGGUUAUGGAUGUUUUGUAAAAACCGAUCAAGGUGAAUGUAAAGGAUAUUUUUCUUGGAGAUUCACCAUAGUUGGUGGUAUUUUAUACUUUUUUGAACGUUUCCUACGUGAAAUCCGUGCUCGUCGACCAACCAAAAUCACAAAAGUUAUUGACCACCAUUUGAAAGUAAUUGAAAUUCAAUUUGAUAAACCUUCUUUCCGUUAUAAGGCUGGCCAGUACUUGUUCUUAAAUGUCCCUGCUAUCUCAACUUGGCAAUGGCAUCCCUUCACAAUCACUUCGGCACCAGAUGAUCCUUACAUUUCCAUUCAUAUUCGUCAAGUUGGUGAUUUCACUAAUAAACUUGGUGAAUUGCUUGGAUGUGAUUCUAAUAAUUUUAAUUUUGUUUCUAAACGAACCGUACCUGCCGUUAUACCAACUCUCCGCAUUGAUGGUCCUUAUGGUACUCCUACUGAGGAUGUAUUUAAAAAUGAGAUUACCAUUUUGAUAGGUUAUGAUAUAGGUGUUACUUCUUUUGUCUCUAUCCUCAAAAAUAUUUGGUAUAAAACUCUUAUCUCUAUUUUUGACAUUGGCUCAUUUCAAUGGUUUCAGUCCUUACUAAAAACUUUAGAAGCAACCCAAAUGGAAGCUGGUCUCCUAAAGCUCCACAUUUAUCUGACAUCAAAGCUUGGAGAAUCCACUAUAAACAAUAUUAUGAUUAAUGAUGUAUCUAGUUCAUAUGAUCCAUUGACAGAUUUGGAAAGCAGAACGCAUUACGGCAGUCCAAAUUUUGGACAUAUAUUUAGCCAAUUGAAUCAAGCAAUUGAGAGUGGUCUUUACUUGCCGGGCAUAGAAGGAAAUUUGAAUACUAAAGUGGGUGUAUAUUACAAUGGUCCUCCUGAGUUGGCUAAAAGUUUGAAAAAAGAUUGCGAUUCUGCAAAUACUGAAGGCGUAAAAUUCCAUCUCCAUAAAGAGAGUUUUUAG